CAUCCCUAUCUAGUCUGUGCUAUUAACCUACCUAUAAGUAUAAAUAGAUUUUAUUGAUUCAUGCGUAUUCAGCCAAAAUAUAUAAAAUUAUGUCUGUUCCAUACAGUGGUACAAUACAGAGAUCCGCAGGUGUCGUAUCUGCAAUUGGUAAACAACUGAAGGGCAUUAAUUUAAAAGCAGCAAAGAGAAUCGUCGUAAAAUUCGAUCCUUUCGCUGAUAAUGUAACUCAAACGAGGCACUUUUUACAUUAUUUGAGCUCACCAAAAAUAAGUUUAACAAAUCCAAACUGUUCACUAAAAACUGAAAUUGUAUGUGAUCGCAGUGAGCCCACAGUUGGUGUAACAAUUUUACCUAAUAUUGGAGAUACUGCAAAUAUUAAGCAAAUAACAUUCAAAAGUGGAAAUCUAACUUGUUUAGAACUUCUACAGCUUUUUAACAAACACGUAUCAUCAUUGGCACCUGUUGAACAACCAGUUUCAACUAUUCAGACAAAAUCAGAGAAAAAGAAGGGCAGAAAGAAAUAA